GUGUCUACCCCAGCAGCUCCUCCGGGUCUGACAAUUGAUGAAACCACGUCCCGCGCCAUCUCUUCUCGAACCGCAUCGCAGCCAGCUCAUAACGAUACCAACAUCUGGCACCCAAACUCUUGGUCGCCCUGUUAAGCCCUACUUGCGUGGCACCACUUGACAUAUCGGGUUGCUAGGUGCAUCGUCGUAGGGCUUCGUCGCAUCGCCCUGAGCCCAAAAUCUUUCUUGCAGGGAGAAUACUGCUUUCUUAUAAGCCAAGACUGAUGCUUCACGGUGUCCCCGGAAUCGGAAAUCUACCAAUUGUGUACCAGAGCUUCCGCUCUACGUUCAAAACGCCGUGCCUCUCAGGGCAAUGGUAGAUUCAAAAGAUGCUUCUCACGACCAAGGCUCACCCGUUCGUACGCCAUCGGAGUCUGAGGAGUCUGAAUCCAGGCUUACGGAACCAUUAGAUAAGAAGCACAGUUCUCCGCAGCCUCGGCCUCACGGCUUUCUGUCAUCGCUACAGCACGAUCCUGAGGACACCAACGAUGACCGCUUCAAGAAUGUGACUUACGAAUCUGUCGAGUCUUAUCCUCUGGGUUAUCCCAGCUGGGCCGCAGUGCAGAAUUCUGACCCAACUUUCCGAGUUUACAAACGCUUUGGUACUUUACGUAACCGUGUCAUUCUCUAUCGGCAACUAGAGUUGGCAAGGCUAGAAGAGAAGCUGAAUGAGCUGGACAAAGACGAUCACCAAAAGCAUAAUCACAGGAUACGUUCGUUGCGAAAAGACACAGAAGACAAGGAGUCGAAGCGUAUGGAAUUGAUCGACCAAAUUGACACAAAACUCAAGCAUUAUGAUGAUCUCUUAGAACGGGAGCUACGAUCAGGGCUUAUGCAGAAGCCUACGAAACGAAAUUAUCGGACUCUGGUGAACUACCUCUGGAACUACGCACCCAUUGUGCGGUCAGAAAUGAAUUUUCUGAGGCAUAGAGAUGACUUUGUGCUGCUUACUGGGCAGUCCGAGUCCCCACUUGAGAGAACUCUGGACAAGUUGGUCUGCAAAGUCCCAAUCGCAUGGUUCAGGCGUCUCUUCUCCUCGGAAGCGCAGCGCGAUAAAAUUGAUAAGACGACGGGUGAAUACAUAGUUCUUACCAGCACGGAGAAGGUGGAGAGGCUCGCUCGUGUCAUCGCCUCACUUUUGGCAGUCUUACUGAUUGGUGUUCCCCUCUUCGUUCUAGCCUCUACAGCCUUCUGCGAUAAAGUCAAGGUUGCUGUCCUCCUCGUUGCGCUUGUUCUUUUUCCGGCUGCAAUUCAAGUUGCGGCAAGACCCAAGAAUCAUGACCUCUUUACUUCCACAGCCGCAUAUUGUGCCGUCCUGAGCACCUUUCUUGCAACCAGUGCCAACCUCAACAACCUUGGGCAAUCACAAAUGCAAAUUCCAGGUAACACCACAAUUUAUCACUAAGCCGCAACAGAAUGGGACAUGUACAACGAGACAUUUCUACGACCACGGGUUCUUGUACAUAUUUUCCCCUACUCCCUUGAUCACAUUCUAGCAACUUGCAAACAAUGAGAAAUUCGCAGCACAGAAUGUCAGGUAAUGGAUAAAUUAUGCGUCGUGCAAUACUGCAGGAUCUGGAUCUUUUACCUUCUUCCGGUACUUUCCCAAUGCUAUCCUUC